UCUUGCAUGCAAUUGCUUCCUGCUCGAGCGGCGAUCCGAUAGCCUCGCGAGCUCUCUCUUCACGAGAAGCCUUUGUCCUUCAUUAAUGCCGUCAUCUCUGGCCUUCCCUUCUCUUUCUCUCUCUUUCUCUCUCUGAAACCGACUUCAAGCCUUCGUUCACGCGCGUGUCCAUCGUCUUCUUCUUCUAUAAUGGGGAGAUUCGCGCAUCUUUGAAGGUUCCCGGCGUCGCGUCGCGUUCCGAGAUUCCGCGGGGCCGUGGGGAGGCAGGCGCGCGGAAGCGGGGUGGAGGAUGGAGAACGAGAAGAGGAAGUACCCGAUAGGGCCGGAGCACUACGCGCUGUACGAGGAGAUCGGCCAGGGCGUCAGCGCCUCCGUCCACCGCGCCCUCUGCGUCCCCUUCGACGAGGUCGUCGCCAUCAAGAUCCUCGAUUUCGAGCGCGACAACUGCGAUCUGAACAACAUUUUUCGAGAAGCGCAGACCAUGGUCUUGGUUGACCACCCAAAUGUGCUCAAAUCACACUGCUCGUUCGUUAGUGAUCACAAUUUGUGGGUUGUCAUGCCUUACAUGGCUGGUGGGUCUUGUCUCCACAUAUUGAAGGCUGCGCAUCCUGAUGGAUUUGAGGAGGUCGCCAUAGCCACCAUCCUACGUGAAGUAUUGAAGGGUUUGGAGUACCUUCAUCAGCAUGGCCACAUACAUCGAGAUGUCAAAGCUGGAAAUAUUCUUAUUGGGGCACGUGGAGCCAUAAAGCUAGGAGAUUUUGGUGUUUCUGCCUGUCUUUUUGACUCUGGCGAUAGGCAACGUGUGAGGAAUACAUUUGUGGGAACACCUUGUUGGAUGGCACCUGAAGUUAUGGAACAAUUACAUGGCUAUGAUUUCAAAGCGGAUAUCUGGUCUUUUGGUAUAACUGCUUUGGAGCUAGCCCAUGGCCAUGCUCCAUUCUCAAAGUAUCCUCCGAUGAAGGUACUGCUCAUGACUUUGCAGAGCGCACCUCCUGGCCUUGAUUAUGAAAGAGACAGAAAGUUUUCAAAGUCUUUCAAGCAAAUGAUUGCAAGUUGCUUGGUUAAGGAUCCCUCCAAAAGGCCUUCUGCUAAGAAACUCCUGAAGCAUUCUUUUUUCAAGCAAGCAAGAUCUAAUGAUUAUAUAGCACGGACUCUUUUGGAUGGUCUACCCGCCCUUGGUGAUCGUAUGCAGGCAUUGAAGAGAAAGGAAGAAGAUAUGCUAGCUCAAAAGAAAAUGCCAGAUGGGCAGAAGGAGGAAAUAUCACAGAAUGAAUAUAAAAGAGGAAUCAGCGGUUGGAACUUUAAUCUUGAUGAUGUGAAGGCUCAGGCAUCUUUGAUCCAGGAUGUUGACGAGUCUACAUCAGAUAAUAACCAGGAAGGAAGUACUACUUCUUUAUCAAUGUUAGAAGGACCUUAUAAAUUAUCUCAACCACAAGAUUUUCCCAUGGCGCAGCUUCCAGAAGUUGCUGAGAUGGAGGAUUUGCUGCCGAAUCAAUCUGCUCCUACUUUCUUUGUACAGCCAACCUCGGGUUCUAUCAUAGUUAGAUGUGAAAGAUCUGAUGAUGACUUAAGCACCACUAGUUCAAAUCAUGAACAUGUUUUCGACAAGAGUUCUUCCCCUCGUCAUGAGGAGAGAACCCAACUCAAUGAAAAGGUUGAUAUGGGGAUUGCUGGAAAGGGUAUGGAGGGUACCCCUUCUAGCCUACAACACAGAAGGGGAGGCUCUUUCGGUAUCAACAAUUUAUCAGAAAAAAGUAUUCCUUUUGGCAGAGUGGAAAGUGGGAAAUUCCAAUAUCAACCGAUAGUAUCAAAUGGCAAUGGCAUGACUGCUUCCAUGUCAGAUGAUGUGCUUUCCGACCUCCCUCCUAAAGCCAGCAGAUCUUCAGCAGCAAAUGUUGAUGAUCCUGAUGAAAAAGCAAAAGUGCCAGUUGUACAGCAAAGGGGGCGUUUUAAAGUUACAUCCGAAAAUGUUGAAUCAGAAAAGGUUGCUCCAUCUACGGUACUGCAUAAGAGUCAUAGUAUGCAGGUCUUCCCCCAACAACCUGCAACGCCUGCCUCAGCUCUGCCAUCAACAUCUGAUGCUACAUUAUCAAGCCUCUCUGGCCAUUCUCUUUUUCUAGCAUUGCACUCAGUUUUGCAGGCAAAUAUCGCUCAGAGGGAUUGCAUAUUAAGUUUAAUGAAGCAAAUUAAUUCCGCAGAAUCCACAGUGCAUGGUGCCAUUGAUUCAGAGGGCAUGCAGGCUCUUACUACUGCGACCGAGAAAUCUUUGCUCGAAGCAGCUAAUGACAGAGAGAAGGAUUUAGUUCACGAAGUGAUGGAGUUGCGAUGGAGGCUUGUGUGCACUCAAGAUGAACUUCACAAAAUUAAGACAGAAAAUACUCAAAAUCCUCAGCAAUGACUCCAGUUUGCAGAAGACAAUGGGAUGUAUGUACGUAGGGAUGUAGAAGUAUGACUAAUCGAUGCUUGCGGCUGACCUGUAAGAUAAUUUAUUCCGGAAAAUAGGUUUACGCUGAUCAGUAAAUUUAUUGGAUUACUAACUAUAAGUGCUUCUCUUUGUAAAUAAGCCUUUUCUAUCUCCUCAUUGAGUGGUGGAACAUGUAAGAGCUUUCGGCCCUUGGCCCAAGUAAUUAACAUUAUGAAUAAGGGCUUUUGAGGCACUUUAAUGUCUCUUGUACAUGAGAAACACUGGGUAGGUUGUCAAAAAAACUCGAGCCUCCCUUAUCCUCAAUUCGGCUAGAGUUGCACCGACCUGUACCAAAUCUAAGAAGUGGUUUAUAAAA